AUGAAGAGAGAGACAAUGAUGAGCAACAAUGGUGACAAUGGUGCGUCGAAAGAUGUGUUGACAGAGAUCCUUUCGAGGUUGCCUGUGAAAUCACUAUUAAGAUUCAGAUGUGUUUGCCAUUAUUGGUAUGCUCUUAUAAAAACCUCUAGCUUUAUCACCAAACACCACCACAAAAACAACAUCCGUCUACUUGUUCAACAUUACGAAUCCGAUUACAGAUAUGCUAUUGGCAUAUUAACUGAUGAAAAUCUUGGUAGUACGGCUCCUCUAUAUUACAAUCUUGAUGAACACGGGAUAGAAAUUAAUCCGGAUUCUGUUAUUGGUCCCAUUAAUGGUAUAUAUUGUUUGUAUGAUAGAAAUGAGCAUAGCAUGUGUCUGUGGAAUCCUGCUAUAAGAGAAUUCAGACCAAUCUCUUUACCUCGUCUAAACCUUCCAUCCUAUAUCUCCGACCCUACUAGUAAUUUUGGAUUUGGGGUGGAUCCCAUGACUAACAAUUACAAGUUGAUUUGGUUACGACAAUUCUGGGAUGAUAACUUAGACGGGCCUUAUGAUCUCCAAACUGUUUUAGUGUAUAACUUAUGUACAAAUUCAUGGCGACUCUUUGAAAUUCCAAGGGAUCAGUCGCGUAUUGUAAGAAAUUCUUUGGGUAAUAGCACCUACAUGAAUGGAGUUUAUUAUUGGCUGGUAGAAGAUUACUACAAUGAUUAUUGCAUCCUUUCGUUUGACCUGACUAACGAGAAUUUUUAUGACUUACCAACUCUGUCUGAGAUUCCCAAAUCAAAAUUUGGGGAACUUGCCUUAUAUGAUAACUCUAUUGCUAUCAUCCUUUUUCAUCCAAACGAAAUUGAGAAUUAUAUUGAAAUAUGGGCGAUGAAGGAGGAGGGAUUUUGGACCAAACAAUUAACCAUGGGACCUAUUCUUGAUGUCCUAGUGCCGAUUGGUUUUUGGGACAAUGACCGCCAGCUUCUUAUAAGAACCAAUAGUGGACGCAUGAUUUUGUACAACAUUAACACCCUAGAGAGUAGGGACCUUGGAUAUUAUGGACUAGAAAGUGCCCUUCAAGUUUAUAGGUUCAAGGAGAGCCUAUUUUCACUCAAAGAAGGGGAUAAUUCUUUCAGUAUGGUUCAAGCUUAA